AUUGGCCGAGUAACGUGAGUGAGGGCUUCUUUCUCAGCUUAACAACGGAAAAAAAAAAAAGAAAAAAAAGAAAAAGGAAAUUCAAAAGGGGAAGUAUAAGAAAGUGAUGAGAGGCUCCAUAAACUUGAUACUGCCGCCGAUAUCUCCAUCUCCAUUGAUUCCCUUCAAUCGCCUCUCUCACCUCCAUCUCUCUCCUUCUUUCCCUUCCUCUACCUCUGACUUGUUGAAGGCGGCAUCUAGGAAACUUAUUUUCGCAACAAAAUCGAACAUGGCGGCAAAUGAUGAAGAAUAUGCGGGAAAUGUGAAACGGCAAUUAGGAAAACUGUUUGAAACAUCACUUAGAACAACGGUCCCUGAUGAGCCAGAUGUAGAGCCUUUGAUUGCUGCUUGCACUGCGAAAUUUGGCGACUACCAGUGCAAUAAUGCCAUGGGCCUAUGGUCCAAAAUGAGAGGGAAGAGCACUAAAUUUAAGGGUCCUCCAUCUGUUGGACAGGCCCUCGUGGCAAAUCUUCCUCAGUCGGAAAUUAUAGAAUCGUGCUCUGUAGCUGGAGCUGGAUUUGUGAACAUUGUUUUAUCAAAGAAUUGGAUAGCUAAGAGCAUACAAAAGAUGCUACUUGAUGGUAUUGAAAAGUGGGCACCGCAACUUCCAGUAAAAAGGGCUGUGGUUGACUUUUCGUCGCCCAAUAUAGCAAAGGAAAUGCAUGUUGGCCACUUAAGAUCUACAAUUAUUGGGGAUGCACUAGCUCGCAUGCUUGAGUUUUCAAAUGUUGAUGUUUUACGAAGGAACCACGUUGGUGACUGGGGGACGCAGUUUGGUAUGUUGAUUGAAUUUCUUUUUGAAAAUUAUCCAAACUGGGAAGAUGUUAGUGAAACGGCAAUCGGGGACUUGCAGGCUUUCUAUAAGGCAUCAAAACAGAGAUUUGAUUGCGAUGCUGCUUUCAAGGAGAGGGCACAACAGGCAGUUGUUCGCCUUCAGGGUGGGGAACCCAAGUACCGAAAAGCAUGGUCACAAAUAUGUGAAAUCAGCCGGAAAGAGUUUGAUAGGGUCUAUCAGCGUCUUGGUACUCAAUUGGAGGAAAAGGGAGAAAGCUUUUACCAUCCACAUAUUCCUGGGGUUAUAAAACAACUGAGUGAUCUAGGAUUAGUUGAAGAAAGUCAGGGAGCACGUGUUAUCUUCAUUGAAGGGAUUAACAUACCCCUUAUUGUGGUCAAGAGCGAUGGUGGUUACAACUACGCUUCAACUGAUCUUACAGCUCUUUGGUACCGGCUUAAUGAAGAGAAAGCUGAGUGGAUUAUAUAUCUCACUGAUGUUGGCCAGCAGCAGCACUUCGAUAUGGUAUUCAAGGCUGCUACGCGUGCAGGUUGGCUUCCAGCUGAUGAUAGCGGGUAUCCAAAAGCUAGCCAUGUUGGUUUUGGUCUUGUUCUAGGAGAAGAUGGCAAACGCUUUAGGACUCGGAGCACUGAGGUGGUUCGAUUAGUUGAUUUACUAGAUGAAGCCAAGUCUCGCAGUAAAACAGCACUUAUCGAGCGUGGCAAGGCUGAAGAGUGGACUGAACAGGAGCUUGAGCAAACAGCUGAGGCUGUUGGUUAUGGUGCUGUUAAGUAUGCAGACCUGAAAAAUAACAGGCUAACCAAUUACACAUUUGAUUUCGAUCAGAUGCUAAAUGAUAAGGGAAAUACUGCUGUCUACUUACUCUAUGCUCAUGCGAGGAUCUGUUCAAUCAUUAGGAAGUCUGGCAGAGACAUAGAAGAGCUGAAGAAGACGGGGACGGUUGUUUUGGAUCAUGCGGGUGAGCGUGAAUUGGGCCUUUAUUUGCUUCAAUUUUCCGAGGUUGUGGAAGAGGCCUGCACCAACCUCUUGCCAAAUGUUGUGUGUGAAUAUCUUUAUAAUUUGUCAGAAAUCUUUACCAAGAAAUUUUAUUCCAAUUGUCAGGUGGUUGGAUCUCCUGAAGAAACGAGCAGACUCUUGCUUUGUGAAGCUACAGCCAGAGUGAUGAGGAAAUGCUUUUAUUUGCUGGGAAUUGUGCCUGUUUACAAGAUAUGAUUCUUGUACUAUAUAUAAAUGUAUACACCCUUAGAGGGGAUUAUUAUUAGGCACUUCGUUUCUCCUACACUAAAAUUGUACACCUCAUUUGUUUGCAUUUGUGGUGAAAAAGUUUUGCCCUACUAUGAAUUUAGUGGUGUUUGGUAAUGUAGACUCCCAACUUUUAAUUUUCACAAAUGAGACACUAAGGUCUCGUUCACUU